GACGUCAUUUCCGCUUCCGUCAGAGUCGAUGUUCUACAUUUUCAUCCUGAAUCAUUCUCUUUUGCUGUGAACCUUCGAAGGGAUCGGUCGUGUUACUUUAGCUGUUCAAUUGAAUUUGCAAAUUUACAUUUUCAAGUGUAUUUGAAGUAUUAAUAUCGUCUUGAUUGAAAUAAAUUUCGUGGUUUGUUCAAAAGAAAGUAAUUAUGUCUUACAAUCAACAAAGUGGUGGAAGUUUCCAACCUCGCUCUUCCGGUUUUUCCAAUUUUAAUUCUGGGGGCGGUUUUAGAAACGGGGGUGGGUAUAAUAAAUCGGGAGGUAAUUUUAAUAGUAAUGGUGGGGGAUAUAAAAAUGACUCGUAUUCUAAACCAUACGGGCAAAAUAAUUUCCAGAAUCGUAACGGGGGUGGAUAUCAGAAUAGCUUUAGAAACGAUAGAUUCGAUAAUGAGAGGAACGGUUUGAGAAAAGUAGAAUGGGGAACUAAAAAUUUGCGCCCCGUCGAGAAACACUUUUAUGUACCUCAUCCCGUGGUAGCAGGCCGAACGCCUUUCGAAGUCGAACAGUUUCGUAAAGCAAAAGAAAUCACUGUAGAAGGUGAAUCUCCUAAUCCUAUUCAGAAUUUCGAUGAAGCCAAUUUUCCUGAUUACAUCUUAACUGAAAUCUUUAACAAAGGGUAUGAAGCACCUACUGCUAUUCAAUCUCAAGGGUGGCCGAUUGCCAUGAGCGGACAUGACAUGGUAGGUAUUGCGCAAACAGGAUCAGGAAAAACGUUAGCGUACAUAUUACCUGCUGCAAUUCAUAUCAAUAACCAACCUCCAUUGAAUAAAGGCGAAGGACCGAUCGUUUUAGUCCUUGCCCCUACACGAGAACUCGCACAACAGAUUCAAGAGGUUUCCAAUGAUUUUGGUAGGUCAACUAAUAUUCGUAAUAGUUGUAUCUUUGGCGGCGCUCCCAAAGGGCCCCAAGCUCGUGAUCUACAAAGAGGUAUUGAAAUUUGCAUUGCUACACCUGGUCGUUUGAUUGAUUUCUUGGAAAAGGGAGCCACCAAUUUAGAAAGAUGCACUUACUUAGUCUUGGACGAAGCUGAUAGAAUGUUGGAUAUGGGAUUUGAACCCCAAAUUCGUAAAAUUCUUAGUCAGGUGAGACCAGACCGUCAAACGCUUAUGUGGUCAGCUACUUGGCCCAAAGAAGUGAAAAAGUUGGCAUCAGAUUUCAUGAAAAAUCCCAUUCAAAUAAACGUUGGAUCCAAGAAUUUAUCUGCUAAUAACAAUAUUGUUCAGAUCGUCGAUGUCUGCCAGGAACACGAAAAGGAAACAAAGUUAGGAUCUCUGCUACGAGAAAUUAACGCCAACCCGGAACCUGGUUCCAAGAUAAUAAUUUUUGUUGAAACUAAAAAGAAAGUUGAAGGAAUUACACGAUCUAUAAGAAGUGUAGGUUGGUCGGCAUUAGCAAUGCACGGAGAUAAAAGCCAACAGGAACGUGAUUACGUUUUAAAAGAAUUUAGAUCAGGAAAAUCUUCUAUAUUAGUAGCUACUGAUGUAGCAGCGCGUGGGUUAGAUGUUGAAGGGAUAAAAUACGUUGUAAAUUACGAUUAUCCCCAUUCUUCUGAAGACUAUAUACAUAGAAUUGGCAGAACAGGUCGUUCCGAUUCUAUCGGUACAUCCUACGCAUUUUUCACACCUUCCAAUUUCAAACACGCUAGGGAUUUGGUGUCCGUCCUCAAUGAAACUAAUCAGGUUGUAAAUCCAAAAUUGAAUGAAAUAGCCAAUAAAACGAAUAAUUUCGGUAAAGGGGGUUCCCGAUGGGGAAAUGGUGGAUUUAAUAAGGGUGGUUAUAAUCAGGGUUUUAAGAAAUUCAGUGUUCCCAAUACAUACCAGAAAGGAUACAACAAUGGUAAGAUAUUCAAAUAUUUCCAUUGUUUCCAGAAACAAAUUCAUUUUCACUGUAUGAAGAUUAUUUAUUUUCUUAUCAUUGAUUAUUUUUUCUUUUUGUUUCAGGGUAUUAAGUAUGUGUAAUCGUGUAUACAGGUGUAUUACGUUGGAUUUUUUUAAAUAUUUAUCAGUAUUAGAAUGCAUAUUGUAAAUGCAUUUUUCGUUAAAUAAUUUUUUUUAUAAUUUGAUAUGACAUGUAAUAUUUAGAACAGUUUUACUCCCUAUGUAGAAUCCCUCUGUUGAUUUUUCUCAUAUUAGUUUUACCCAAUGAAAUGGAGACUAAAAAUUUCGAUCAACUGUAGGAUUCUUAUUGAUUUAAUGAGGGACUGGAGAAUCUGACUCUAUAUCUGAUAGGUUACUCAGAACCUUUUGUCCUACACAAAUUUUUUUGUGGUUGUAAUUCUGUGAUAAAUUAUUUAUUUCUAGAUUAAAAGAUUACUUUGACUGUAUGUGCGAAGUACACAAUAAAGCAGAUUAAAGAGUAUAAA